AUGGAUGUGAAGCUCUUUGCGCUCACGGCCGCUCUCACAAUGGCAAUUUAUGCGCCUCAAACACACGCAAAGCCCAUCAGUCUGGCUGAGCGAUGCAGCUGCCGUUCAACUGUCAACAACGUCCCACGAAGUUUCAUCCGAGAGCUCAAGUUCAUUCACACACCUAACUGCCCCUUCCAAGUGAUUGCUAAACUGAAGACAAACAGGGAGCUGUGUAUCAAUCCAGAGGCGCGGUGGCUUCAGCAGUACCUGAAGAAUGCUCUUACUAAGAUGAAGAAAGCCAAGCAGAUCAUCUGA